AUGAAACUCCUGUUUGUCUCAGCACUGGCUGUCGUGGUCCGUGCGGGACCCCAAGGCUACAAUAUACCCACGCCUUCUGGAGGAUUUUCUAUUGGUGGAGGUCAUUCAUCAGGAGGAAUCUCUGAUGGGAGCGGGAUCUCACGUGGUGGAUUCACCGGUGGCAACGGAAUCUCAGGUGGAGGAUUUACCGAUGGCAACGGAUUCUCUGGUGGUGGAUUCGCCGGAGGCAGCGGAAUCUCUAGUAGCAGCGGCUUUUCUGGUGCAGGAUUUUCCGGUGGCAACGGAAUCUCUAGUGGAGGAUUCUCCGGAGGUAGCAGUGGCCCUGCAGGUGGAUGUGCCGAAGGAGAGAUCUUGCAUGUGGAUGGAUCUUGUGUUGUCCCCGUGGUUACAAGAAACGUCUUCUUGUAUGACGCUCCUGAACAGUCUCAGCAGCCAAGUGGUCCACCACCAAGUCUUCCACCGCCAAAGGUCGAUCACAAUAUCCUCUUCGUACGUCUUCCUGAAGGAGGAGUAGGACCAGAACCUAUUAUUGUUCCUCCACCAAAGCAGGAGAACAUUGUAUACGUCUUGAACAAGAACGAUGGAGCAGGCGGCCAGCGAGUAAUAGAAGUUACCGCUCCUCCACCUUCAGAUCCUGAAAUUUACUUUGUUAAUUACGAGGAAGGAGAGAACCCAACUCUUCCUAUUGGCGUCGACCUUGAGACUGCUCUCAGCGCUGCCGCUAGUGCUGGUGGUCAAGUCAUUGGCGGCGUGGGAGGCGUCGGUGGCUCUGGGGAUGGAGGAUUUGGCGGUAGUGGAACAGGUGGAAGUGGAGGACUUGGAGGUACAGCAGGCAGUGGAGGAUUUGGAGUGGGAGGCAGUGGAGGAUUUGGAGUAGUAGGCAGUGGAGGUUUUACUGGGAGCGGAUCAGGAAAUAGUGGAGGAUUUGGUGGUGUCAGUGGAGGAAGUGGCGGAUUUGGUGGCGUUAGUGGAGGAAAUGCAGGCUUUAGUGGAAGUGGAACAGGAAGUACUGGAGGCUUUGUUAGGGGCGUAGGAGGCGCUGGAACUCCGUCCACGCUGUAUUCUGGACCGUAA